AUGGCGAUAGACUCUGUGAUUUCCUUUGCUGUUAAAAGGAUCGGUGACACGCUCAUUCAAGAGGCAACUUUGUUGAAGGGGGUGCGCGGGGAAGUCGAGAGGCUGCAGAAAGAUCUAAGGGCGAUGGAAUGCUUCUUGGAAGAAGCGGAGAAGAAGCAAGAAGAAGAUGUAGGAGUGCGCAACUGGGUUUCUGAAAUCCGGGAAGCUGUUUAUGAAGCUGAGGACAUCAUAGACAUGUUCAUCGUGAAUGCAGAGUCCCUGAGACCAAGCUAUUUUCAAAAGUUGACAAAGCGCCAUCAGGUUGGCAAGAAAAUUGAAGCCAUCCGACUCAACCUCCAAGACAUCUCAAAUAGGCGGGAGGCUCUCCAGAUAACAAAUACUAGAGAAGGAACAAGCAGUUCGGAUCAAAUGUUGCAGGUUCGAAGAUGCAACCUUGCUAAUCAAGCAGAAGAACAUGUCGUGGGCCUCACAAUGGUGGCAGAUAAGCUAGUGAAGCAGCUCACCGUAGGAGACCAAAGGUGCCGCGUGAUUUCUUUAGUAGGAAUGGGCGGCAUAGGCAAAACCACCCUUGCCAAGACGGUUUAUAAAAAUGAAGAAAUUGCGAAACACUUUCCAGAUUGUUGUGCCUGGGUUUAUGUGUCCCAACCUUGUAGACCUAAAGACGUUUAUAUGCAAAUUAUUAAACAGGUUUCUACAUCCACUCAAGAGGAAGUAGAGAGGAUGCAGAAAUGGGAAGAGCGCGCGUUGGGGGAUUUCCUUUAUGAACAUCUGACGAAUAAAAGAUAUUUAAUAGUUCUGGAUGAUGUAUGGAGCUGUGACGAUUGGUAUUGUCUUGCAAAAGUGAGCCACAGAAAUCGCCAUGGAAGCGUGUUCCCUGAUAGCUGUAAUGGUAGUAGAUUACUUCUUACAACUCGAGAUGCGAAUGUUGCUUCUGUUGCAGAUGCUCAUACUACUCCCUUUGAAAUGCAGUUGCUUUCCAAACCACAGAGCUGGGACUUGUUUUAUCGGGAGGCGUUCGGUGUUGCUAAAGACAAGAGCUAUCCUCCAGAUUUGAUGGAACUUGGGGAAAAGAUAGUGGAGAAAUGUCAAGGGUUACCGUUGGCCAUUGUGAUAUUGGCAGGUUUGUUGAAAAACACGCCAUAUACGGAAUGGAAGAAGGCGCACGAUGACGUUAGUGCAUACCUUUCUGACAAAGACCACGUGGGAGUAAUGGAAAUGCUAAAUUUGAGCUACAUCAGUUUGCCCCAUUACUUGAAACCGUGCUUUCUUUAUUUAAGCCUUUUCCCAGAAAAUUAUGUGAUUUCCAAAAGAAAACUGCUCCUUCUAUGGAUCGCUGAGGGUUUUGUCCUAGGGCAAAAUCAACAAAGCAUGAAAGGCAUGGCUGAGAAUUCCUUGGACGAGUUAAUCCAUAGAAACUUGAUUCAAGUCGUCAGAAAAAGUGUUAAUGCGAGGGUUAUGGAAUGUCGAGUUCAUUACUAUGUACGAGACUUGGCUAUUCGAAAGGCAAAAGAGCAAAACUUCAUUGGAACUAAUGCAGAUCCUCUAUCCGCCUCAACUAGUUCAUCUCUCUCUUCAUACAAAUCCCGUCGGCAAAGUAUUUAUUCCGACUUUGAGAGGUAUGCUGCCAUUGAACACUCAACUCCAUAUCUUCGCUCUCUCUUAUUUUUCAAUUUGGGGCAUGGAACUAGUAGAACAUUGCAACUAGAGUUUAUUGGCAAAUGCUUCAAAGUGCUUAGGGUGCUAGAUUUGGAAGGUUUAGAGAUCAAAAGCCUACCAAGUAUAGUUGGGAAACUGAUUCAUUUAAGGUACUUGGGGUUAAGGCUUAUGGGUGUGAAAAUGCUUCCAUCAUCUAUAGGCAACUUAAGGAGUUUGCAGACUUUGGAUGUGAAAAAUCUCAAACGAGUCCCAAAUGUGAUAUGGAAGAUGAUAAACUUGCGAUAUGUUUAUAUAGAGGGGCAAGAGGAUGAUGUGCCAUUGAAAAUUGAUACUCUGCAAAAUCUUCGGAUUCUAUCAGGCAUAAGCUUCAAGCAGUGGAGCCAGAAUGAUUCAAGCAAGUUAACUUGUCUUGAGAAAUUGAAAUUAGAAGCAAGAUGUGAUAUAGAACGGGAUGAGUUUUCAAACUCCAUUGCCAGGUUGCUUAAUCUUACAUCCUUGUACCUUAAGGCAUCGGAAGAGUCCAUCAUUCCAGCCGGCCUUAUCAUGAACUCUUGGCUCAAACUCUCUAAGCUCGAAAUAAAAGGACGUAUGUUGUUGUCCGAAGCCGGUCAAUUCCCUCCAAAUCUCAUACAAUUGACAUUGGAAGCGUCUAAGUUAAAUUAUGAUGUUGUGCCCAUUUUGGGGAAACUUCCAAAGUUGUUGAAUCUUAGAUUAAGGGCAGAGUCAUAUCUUGGAGAGGAAAUGCAUGUGUCUGCAAGCUGGUUUGUUCGACUCAAAGUACUUCAAAUUGAUGAGUUAACUGGAUUGACCAGGUUGAAUAUAGACGAAGGUGCACUGCCAUGGCUUAAGCAAUUACAAGCUUACUAUGGAACGAAAAUCUUGGGCAUUAAUAAUCUCCUAAAUCUGGUGGAUUCAAGAGUCUUGAUUGAACGAGAUCAUUUGUUAGUGCCUAUCCAGAUGCCUUACCCCAACAGCCCCAUACAUUUUCCUUGGGAUUGUGCAUGGAUAAGGGGUAGAAAUGGUACGUCUGGACUUCGGUUUUACCGUGAAGAAGGAUGGUUACCUUCCAGUGCUGCCCUUCGCGUUUUCACCACGUUUCUUUCUGGGUCAAACACUCUGACCAGGCCCCCUGAUAAGGCCCACAGUUCCAGGCCCCAUGGUGAGGCCCAUAAUUCCAGGUCCACAUGGGGUACCUACAGUACACGUAGAGAUUAUCCUAUAAUUAGGAUGGUCGCUGCAAUUUUCUUGGCUAUCCUAAGGAUGGGUGACCUGCUCAUUCAGAAAGCAGUUUUCUUGAAGGGGAUGCAGUGCUUUCCGCAAGAAGCAAUGCAAGGCAACACAACCAAAGAGAUCAAAGAUGAUGGAUGCCGUAGCCUCUUGCCGUUGAACCUCCGACGACAUCCAGCCGUCGUCCUUGGGUUCCGAACCUGCAGCCGUCGUCGUUUAGGAGUUUCACACUGCACAGACCACUGCUCUUUGCAUCACCGCUGCGAAUAUUGCUCCGAUUUCAUUUUUGAAGGUACCAUUGAGAUCGUCCAGCGCCGAUCUACACAUUCGUGGAAUCCUCGCCGCCAUUGGAGACCGCACGCACCCCCACGCGCCGCUCAAAGAUUCUGCGACGCUGAUCACGCGCUACUCGCGCCUCCACGCGCCGGGGCCUGGUCUGCUGACGUCAUCAUCUCUACCAUGUUAGCCCUAGCUGCGUCAGCAUCCACUAAUCUGCUGACGUCAUCUCCACGUCAUCCUGUGGCUUCAUCCGUUGACCGUUGA